AUGACCACUCUGGACACUGUGCUGGGCGGGCAGUGGGAGCCUCUCGAGAAGACCUUGAGCCGCCUGGAGACAGCGAUACAGCGCGCUGCAAGCCUGGACUGGCAGCAGGUGCGGUCUGAACUAGCCAGCGCUGUUGCCCGAGCAGGCGAGCAAUCUAUUCCAGAUGCACUGCGUUUACGGGUAUGGAGGUUGGCUCUCGAGUGGCCGCAGUCGCACGGCACGGCGCUGGUGCAGCCGGCAGAAGAUCUGACACACGAGGCGUCUGCUGCAGAAACGCCUGCUGCGACUCUCAUUGAAGCACAAGAGAGCAUAGAGGAGCGUUUCGCUCCCAGCGAUGUCAACACAUUGUCCAUCGCACUUUUAGGUGAGACGGCUGGCAACGGGGCUGAUCUCAUAGACUCGCCGACAGAUGCCCACCGCUUCGAUACUUUGUGGACAGAUACGGUAGUUGCCGGCGAGUCCAGACCUAAGGCUUCAGAGACGCCAGCCACUCGAAAAAACGAUGCACCUUACGCAGCGGUGGACGAGUCGGAGAGCACUGCGCGCGGAGCAAGCUCCGACACCGCACGUGAAGCGGCCCCAGGUAAAGGUCCAGUGUCAGCAGGCAUGCCGAGCACCCUCGAGAACGACGUCUACGAUGUGCUCGAGCAGGACGUGCUGCGAACGCGUCGCGGUACGACAGUGUUCGAGCGUGCUGCCGCGAGAACGCUUCUGACGCAAUGGUUGUGCACUUUUUGCGAAACACACGGCGUGCCAUACAUGCAAGGCAUGAAUGAGGUAGCUGCGGUUUUCGUAUAUCUGCAUGAAACGCAGCAUUCACCUGUCGCUGACUGCACGUGCUACGCGCUGUAUGAGCGCUUCGAGGAAAGGUUUGUGCCGCUCACCGCCGACCUGGGACCUGACCCGUUCCGCUGCCUCAAGCUGGCCUUCGAACUGCUAACAGCCCUGCUCUGGUUCCACGAUCCCGAGCUGGCUGUGCGAUUAGAGCGGUACCAGCUUACGCCGGACAUGUUCUCCACAUCUUGGCUUGUAACCGUUUUCGCACGCAACCUAUCGCUUGAUGCAGUUUUGGCGCUUUGGGACGCGCUGGUGCUGGCCGGUGACCCUCUAUUAACGAUUUUUGUGGCACUUGUGUGCCUAGAGUCCAAUCGACAAAGCCUGCUGAUGGCGAGCGAGGCGUCGCUGCCGGAGCAGUUGCUAUCCAUUCCCCUGCAGAGUCGCCAGGACAUUGAGGCGGCCUGGCAAUGGGCCCGCAAACUCGAGAGUCGCACCCCUGCAGAGGCGCUCCGUCGAAGUCGCAAUGUCAUGUUCGGCCCGAGCCCAGUGCCCGCUGAGGGAACGGCAUUCCGAGAAGUCACCAUCGUGGUCGCAUUCGAGCCCCAUGAAGUGAUCGCGUCGCUCGAAAAGCCGUGCAAUGAUGGCACACGAGCGCCGCUGCCCGCUUUGCUGCUGGACUGCCGCCCGAGCGACGAGCGUCAGUAUGGUUACUUGCCGGAGGCGAUUCCGCUUGACCUUGAUGAGCUGCGUGAUGCUGUGGUGCACGGCUGGGAGCCAUGCCUUGAUCGCUUCCGCGAAGAUGUCUUUGCCCAGCGCAUCGUACAGCAUGUACUGGAACGUUUCGGUGCCAGUCAUGAUGGCAAAAUUUGGAUUUGCCUUGUGGGUUCAGGCCCUCCGACGUAUUUCGAUGUCGAUGAAAACGCAUUUGACGUUCUACCUCUGAAGAGAAUACUUGAGUACCAGGGCGUGCACUAUGUAGCAUCACUGCGUCACGGGUUUGCAGCCUGUGAGGCGCUGGCGAAGCGCGGAUCACUCGCCCUCGCGCACUAUGAUGCCGCUGCACUAGCCCAGGCGCGUCAAGCAAAGUGUGCACGCUUGGCGGGAGUACGUCCCCCGGGGCCGGUCGCUCCGCCGCAUGUGACAUCGCGUAUCGCUCCUCCGGGGUCGCAUCCUGAAGAGUGCCUCGAUCGGCAAGUAUCGCAGACACUCGGUAUGGUAUCGCUGCAAGCGAUCGACUCCACGUUGCUGGGCACGUCUGCACUGCACGGCUGGCUCGAUGGUACGCAACUGAUGUUGGCGAAGCAUACGCCCCUGGAUAUAGGAUCACCGGCACUUCUUCGGCGCUUGACGCUUUAUCCCUGUCUGAAGUUGCAGCGCAAAAGCGGCGUUUUCGUGAAUCGCUAUCUGGGGAUAACCAGAUGUCGCUUCUUCGUGCUUGCGCCUGAUCGAGCACGCAACACGCUCAUGUAUGUCAAGUCGAGUCGGCAUUUGUUGCUGCUGAAGCGUAUCCUCUUUCGGAAGGAAAGUCGUGAGCUCGUCAUUUUUGAGUUUCGCGCUCCAGAUUCGCAGCUUAUCGAUAAGCGUAUUACGUGCCAUCUGGCGGACGGGCUCAGCGACUGUGUUGAGUCUAUACGUAGGCGCCUGCGACAGCUGAGGCUCGAGUCACGACUCGGUUCGCGCGCUGCACGCGACACCGCCACAUGA